AUGGCUUUCGUUAAUGUGAUCAAUUGUUUCCUCGAUUCCAUCAGAGAAGUAAGUCAAGCUGAUUGCACCCAACUAUGGCCAUAUCUAAAUGAAGCUCUAACCAAAUUCCAGCAUCCUGCGGAGGUAGAUAAGCUGUUGAAAAUUCAGGGGGAAUUAGAUGAAACCAAAAUUAUCCUUGAAGCAGGGAGGUACAAUGCGGAGGAUGAAGAGCUAAUGAAGAAGGUGGAGGCGCAAAACGACCUCGAGAAUUACACUUACAACAUGAGGAACAUGGUGAGGGAUGAGAAAUUUACGGCGAAGCUAACAGCGGAGGAUAAGCAGAGCAUUGAGAAGGCGGUGGACGAUAGGUUGGUGUAG